AUGAAGCUCAUCCUGCCCGCCACACUUGCCGUCCUUGCAUCCACGGCCGUUGCGGAAAACUGCAACGAGGGAUUCGACUACUGUGCCCUUACUCUCCUGAAGAAUGGUAACUACCACCAGCAGAUCUUGCAGGCCAUGGACGAUCAUGGCAAGAAUCGGGCGAACUGGAACUACGAUAACUUCCUCUACCACUGCGGCGGCGGCUCCAACGGAGACAUCUCAAUCACAAAGGACUGUCCCAAGGGCUGUGUAGACGGCGGAGCUGGUAAUGAUGACCAGUGUCAAUAG